CCUUCUCAGGUAUAAACCCUAGCUUGAAGCCCAUAGAAAUAGGAGAGAGAGAGGGAGAAGAAGAAGACGAAGAAGUAGCUGUCGUUGAAGCUGUGUCCAUGGACGUCGUCGCGUCCGGAGCUCUAUGUUCAGGAAACAAAAAAUUAGUUACUGUGAUUGGAAGAUUUUGAAUGCUACUUCCUGUAAAUGAAUUUGAAAAUAUAAACAUUCCAAAAAGUUGAAGUCUUCAAACAGGACAGCACAUCAAAGUGGAAGUGUGAAACCCUGCUUCACCUAAUUGAAAAUUCUCUUGAUAAUGCAAGUCAGUACAUUGGAAAUGCUUUUGCACUGUAGGAACCUACCUACUUUCUAGUGUAUGAGCCAUCCAUGUCUGCUAUUUUUAAAGUCUGAAGUAUAAUCCCAGAAUGUCACUUCACUGGGAUAUAGCUCAGUAAUCUGGAUCUUGUUAGAUUACUUCAUAGCUCGAGAAGGGUUGAUUUGCUUUAUUCAGCACCAUGACAGAAAUCUUGUGCUACACAGCUUUCAGACAGCUGUUGCAAAUGUUCUUGGCUAUAAUCUUCUUCCAUAUUUCUGAAUACAUUUUGGCAAUUUCCAUCCAUGGUAGAUCAAGCGUGACUCUUACGUCUCUUUUAAUUAGCAAAAACUAUCUCGUGGCAAUGAUUUGUUCAUUGCUAGAGUACCUUCUUGAAGUUUACUUUUUCCCCGGGUUGAAGGAAUACUGGUGGAUUAGCAACUUGGGGCUUGUAAUGGUUGUAAUUGGGGAAAUCAUACGGAAGGUGGCGAUUGUAACAGCUGGUCAGGCCUUCACUCAUCGCAUUAAGAUUUAUCAUGAGGAGCAUCACAAACUGGUUACUAGUGGAGUAUAUAGAUUUGCUCGUCAUCCAGGGUAUUGUGGGUUUUUCAUUUGGUCAGUAGGCACGCAGAUAAUGGUUUGUAAUCCGCUAUCAACGAUUGCAUUUACCAUUGUUGUUUGGAGCUUUUUUGCAAAACGGAUACCAUAUGAGGAGUUUUUCUUGAGGCAGUUUUUUGGCUCAGAGUAUGAUGAAUAUGCCCGUCGAGUUCCUUCUGGGGUUCCAUUUGUGAGCUGAAAAAUCUGCAAUGUUUUUUACCAGAUUUCCUCAAGAAAGCAGCUUUAUAUCUACCAAUUCCUGUGAAGAUAUUUUAAGUGGCAGCUUGGCUCUCACUCUUCUUGUGAUACAUAAAUUGGAAUGUGGAAUAUCAAUCAGACUGAUCCCAAACCAUUUUUCUUCGUACUAUUAUUAUUUGAAAAUGUAGGAGGAUAGGUUUGGUGUGCAUUGCUUGUAA